CACCAUUCCAGGGGUCUGCAACAAAGAAGCCCGGCCUCUCAUGUGGGUUCUAAUAUCCCUAUAACGGUCGCUGGGCACUCCCAACAUAAAGGCUUCAUUAUCAGCUUCUCGCCCCCUCGCCCAGAAACGAGUGGCAACCGGUUGGUGUGUCAGAGUGAUCACGCCAAUUCUAUGAUACACGCACCGUGUUGACAAAGGGUGGUGACAGCUUCGUUUUGUGGUCACACUCUGCUCACUUCUCGAACUUAGAACAACAACAACAACAAUAACAGCAAGAUGACUGAAGACUGGGGGGAGAGAUCCACUGCGGAGCUCAUGAGCAAGUACCUGUCUAAAGAAAUGGGACAUGGGGUGCCCACGGCCGGCUGGCGUAUCUGUUUGGCCCAUGAGUUCAAGGAGAAGAGGAAACCUUUUCAAGCAAAGGAUGUGUCCCUGGCUAAUAUGGUGGAGCACAUUGGACUUGGGAUCAGGUAUCUAAAAUGGUGGUACAAAAAGACCCAGGUGGAAAGGAAGGCGCCAUUCAUCGACAUGUUUCGUGCGCAGCCCUUGCGACAGAUUUAUGGUGCCCCGCUGGGCGGUAUCGGAGGAGGUACUAUCACCCGAGGGUGGAGGGGUGAGUUCUGUCGAUGGCAGUUGACGCCCGGGAUGUACCAUUACAAGACCGUCGCGGCCAAUCAGUUCACCGUGUGCUUGCGUCGCGGGGGACAAACGGUUUACCAACAGGUGCUCUCGGUGGAGCGCCCUCCCACGCUGCAAGGCUGGAACUGGGGCUACUGCGGCGAAUACGCCUUCUAUCACGCCCUUUACCCCCGGGCCUGGACCGUCUACCAACUCCCGGGGCAAAACGUCACGCUCACGUGCAGACAGGUUUCGCCCGUCAUUCCUCACGACUACCAGGACUCCUGUUUGCCAGUGGCCGUGUUCAUUUGGGACGUGGAGAACAAGAACGACUACGCUCUGGAUGUCACCAUCAUGUUCACGAUGCUCAACGGGUCCGGGCUCAAGGAUGACAAAAGCGGGGGCCACUGGAACGAACCGUUUCAUCUGGAAAAGCAGGGGGAGGCCGUGUCCGGAGUGUUGCUGCAUCAUUCCGCUAGCGUCAACCCUUACACUUUAUGCAUCGCGGCUCGCGAGCAGCCGAACCGGGACAUCAGCCAUCAGACUGCAUUCAGUCCAAAGGGCACCUGCGGCCACUUGUGGGGUGACCUCAUCGCCGAUGGACGCUUGGACUCCCCCACGGGGUCCAGCGCGCCGACGCCCAAAGGAGAGGAGGUGGCAGCGGCGCUGGCCGUCGGCUGCUCCGUGUUGCCGCGGGGCCGGAGCACCCUGGAGUUCUGUCUGGCGUGGGACAUGCCCAAAAUUACCUUUGGGUCUCGCGAGAGGCAGCACCACAGGCGGUACACUCGAUUCUUCGGGAGCGAAGGGGACGCGUCGCCCUCACUCAGUCACUACGCCCUGACGCACUACCAACUGUGGGAGAAGAACAUUGAGGAGUGGCAAGCGGCCGUACUGCAGGACAGUUCUCUCCCCUCCUGGUACAAGUCGGCCUUGUUCAACGAGCUUUACUUUGUGGCCGACGGCGGCACCGUGUGGACGGAACUGCGGGAGGACGCCGACGUCAGCGGCGGCGUGCGCAGCCGAGACGGCGGCCUGCCCGCUCAGCCGGCCGUCGUUAAAGAAUACGGCCGCUUUGCCUACCUGGAAGGUCAAGAGUACAGGAUGUACAAUACCUACGACGUGCACUUCUACGCUUCGUUUGCACUUAUCAUGCUGUGGCCAAAACUUGCCUUGAGUGUGCAAUAUGAUAUUGCUGGCAGUGUGGUUCAGCAGGAUUUAACCGAGAGGCUGCAUCUGAUGAGUGGCCAGUGCGCUGCGGUCAAGGCCAAAAAUGUGGUGCCUCACGACAUUGGGGAUCCAGACGAUGAGCCGUGGCAAAGGGUGAACGCCUAUCUCAUCCACGACACGGCCUACUGGAAGGACUUGAACCUCAAGUUUGUCCUGCAGGUCUACAGGGACUAUCAUCUCACCCAGGACAAGCAGUACCUGCAGGACAUGUGGCCCAUCUGCCAGGCAGUGAUGGAGUCGGAGCUGAAGUUUGACUUGGACGGAGACGGCCUGAUUGAAAACUCUGGCUUUCCUGAUCAGACUUAUGAUGGCUGGACAGUAACUGGACCAAGUGCAUACUGUGGCGGGCUGUGGCUGGCGUCGUUGUGUGUCAUGUGCAAAAUGGCCGCGCUGCUCGACAACGGCGCUCAACGGCACUACAAAGACAUUUUAGACAGAGGCAGCGUCGCUUUUGAUAAGCUACUGUGGAACGGCAAGUACUACAACUACGACAGCAGUGGAGACCUUUCGAACAGUAUCAUGUCCGACCAGUGUGCUGGCCAAUGGUUCCUCAGAGCUUCUGGACUCGGAGAAGGAGACUUCCAGGUUUUUCCCAGAAACAUCAGGGCCGCACUCCAAUCAGUUUUUGACUUGAACGUUAUGAGCUUCGCCGGUGGUCAGAUGGGCGCCGUCAACGGCAUGCGGCCCGAGGGCGUAGCCGACCGCUCCAGCGUCCAGUCCGACGAGGUUUGGAUCGGCGUGGUUUACGGACUGGCCGCCACUAUGAUCCACGAGGGUAUGUUGGCUGAAGGGAUGCGCACGGCAGAGGGUUGCUACCGCACCGUUUGGGAAAGGCUUGGCAUGGCCUUCCAAACGCCCGAAGCCUACUGCGAGAAAGGGAUCUACCGCUCGCUGGCGUACAUGAGGCCGCUCAGCAUCUGGGCCAUGCAGCUGGCUCUGGACCGUUCGCGCGACGGCUGCCACGCAAGGGGCGAAGGAGGUGCAAGUCAAUGAGCUCUGUCGCCGGUCCCUUUUGGAUUCCCAACUUGGAUCCGUUUGGCUUGUCUGCGACUUGCAGAUCGUACGUAGCCUUACUUGAAUUUCGUUUUUCCUUCUCUUUAUAACGCCGGGCUGUGUCAAAUCAGAGCUUGUGUGACUUCACCUUGUCAAUUUGCACACAUCAUUGAUACUGUUUAUCAGUGUCUUAUUACUGGUGUAUAGUUAUUGGAAUUCUGUCCGUAGUAAUAUACAAUGAAACAUUUUUUUUCUUUUUUAUACAGAAUCUGGUGCCUUGUUGCACGUUAGACCAUAUUAUUGUUGCUGAAGCGCUGUUUUCGAACAGCUGCACUCAUGACAAUCAUCCUGAAUAAAGUCACUGUAUAAAAGUA